GACAGUUCUGCUUCACUGCGUCGCUGCUUUUUAGUGAGUAUAAUAAUAUAUAAACGUUGUGAUUAAAAUACUUCUAAGGAAGUAUCGUCCUUAGAAGUAUCGUCAACUGCCCAAAAACUACGAGUAGGUACCUACAAUUUAUUUGUGAUAAAUAGUGACAUGAUGUUGAAAAUUGUGAACUUAGUGCCCAUUUUGUAUUGCAUAUACUUAGUUUAUCAUGUGAAUGGCGAUGAAAAUCGUGUCAAAACACCAAAAGGCACUGUACGAGGAUAUUAUAAAAGAUCGUUUGGAGGAAGACAGUUCUUAGCUUUUGAAGGAAUUCCAUAUGCAAAACCACCUAUCGGUAAUUUAAGAUUUGCUGAACCUGAGCCUGCUGAAAAAUGGACAGGGCAAUUAAUAGGAAACACGACAUAUACAUGUUUAGGAUAUAUGCCUAUACCAGGAUUAAAAGGGUUUUUAGGAUCGGAAGAUUGUUUAUACUUAUACGUUUAUGUGCCACUUACUAAAAUUAAAGGAGAUGAAAACCUGGAAGUUGUUGUUCACAUCCAUGGUGGCGCUUAUCAAUUUGGUGCUCCUGAGUAUAUGUCCAAACCAGAUUUCAUAAUGGACCAGGAUGUAAUAUACGUCACCUUUAAUUACCGUUUGUCAAUUCUAGGAUUUCUUAGUACUGAAGAUAAUGUAGUAUCCGGUAACAAUGGCUUAAAAGAUCAAGUUUUGGCGCUAAAAUGGAUAAAGGAUAAUAUCAAAUAUUUUGGAGGAAAUCCAGAUUCCAUUACAAUUACGGGACUUUCUGCAGGAGGAUCUAGUGUUCACCUUCACUAUUUUUCUCCUUUAUCGAAAGGUUUAUUCCACAGAGGAUUCUCUCAGAGUGGUACUGCUUUCGCUCCUUGGUCUAUCGUGGAAUAUCCACUAAAAAAAGCAAACCAAGCUGCCGGCCAUCUAAAUUGUACCAGUGAUUCCACCGAGGAGAUGGUGGAUUGUCUAAGAAAAGUUGAUUCCAUAGAUCUGAUGACAGCCAUGACAAAACUAUUUCUUUAUUUAGACGCUAUUCCACUGGUAGUUUUUGGACCUGUAAUAGAAAAAGGAGAAAAUCCAUUUUUAGCUGACCAUCCCUACAAAUUAAUUAAAGAAGGGAAAAUUAAUGAUGUACCGUGGAUAACUUCAAAUGUUAAAGACGAAGGAAUUUUUCCUACAGGAUUUUUUGUGAUGAAUCACGUUAUGUCCGUUUUUGAAGAAAACUGGAAUGAUGUAAUAAUUUAUAUGUUAGAUUUGUAUGACACAGUCAAUGAAUAUGAUAAAGUUAAAGUAGCGAAAGCAACAAGAAAGUACUAUUACGGUAACAAAGCAGUUACAGAAAAUAAUCCAUAUUCUAUGGUUAGGUUAUUUAGCGACAGAAUGUUCUUCAAUGGUGCCGAAACAUCACUUAGAUUGCAAUCAAAUACUUCUAAAAGUCCUGUCUAUUAUUACUUCGACAAGUACGUCACGGCAGAUCCAAUUCUACCCAUCAUCGGAAUGAAACGAGGCGUUGCCCAUGGUGAGGACGGAGGUUUAAUGUUUAAAGUUAUAACUGUAGGACCAGUUUUAGACCCACAAGAUGAAAAACUCAUGAAACAUUUCACAAAAUUUUUAGCAGACUAUGCCAAAACUGGCAAACCUUCUAUCAACAACGUUGAAUGGUUGCCGGUGGAUGCCGAAAGUAAUGAAAUAAAUGCUUUGGAAAUCGAAUCUCCAGAUAAAAUAUCCAUGACGAAAAUGGAGCAUAUUGGAGCUAUGGAAUUUUGGGAUAGUUUACCUAUCAAAGAAAAUGAGAAAUUAUAUCCUGAACUGCGUUAAAUGUAAAUAUUUUUUUAGAAUAAAUUAGAAAUCCAA